CUCGGGAACAGCAGCUUUCCCCUCACUGCCCUUCCAGCAGCAUCUCACCUUCAACCAGCCACACACACCCGCCGACGCCCCUGACAGACAAAAACCGGACAAAUGAAAGACCGACAGCUCCAAAUAAGCCAAAGGAAAAGCGCCUAAAAUUAGAUCCGAUGGAUUCAAUAAUGUAGCGGUUUAGUUUCGGGAUUUGACAUCUGUUUUUAGUCCACCCGCCUCACUGCGACACAGAAACAACGUUGAGCUGCGCAUAAAUCAAUUAGUCCUCGUCUCAGCUGGUCAGCAUAAAUACCACGCAACCAAUCUGCAUCGUGCUCAAAGACCCUCUCGACGUAAACGGACAGCGUUUUCUACACCCACUCGUCGCUUAUUUUGACGGACAGAUCAGGCCCGAUCAGCCUCAGCAUCAUCUUUGCUCUCUACAGCAGCAGCAGCAGCAGCAGCAGCAUCCUCCCCAUCCUCCUCCUCCUCCAAGCUGCGCAAUGGCCGAAAUACCAUCAGAAUGCAACAUCAAAGUGUUGUGUCGCUUUCGUCCUCUGAACCAGUCUGAGAUUGUACGAGGGGAUCUCUUCCUGCCCAAAUUCCAAGGAGACGACACCGUCGCCGUCGGGGGGAGGUCCUAUGCGUUUGAUCGCGUGUUUCCAACCAACACCACCCAGGAGCAGGUUUAUAACACCUGCGCCAAGCAGAUUGUCAAGGAUGUGCUCGGGGGAUACAAUGGCACUAUCUUCGCAUAUGGACAAACCUCCUCCGGGAAAACUCACACCAUGGAGGGGAAGCUGCAUGACCCUCACCAGAUGGGAAUCAUUCCUCGGAUUGCUGAGGAUAUUUUCAACCACAUCUUUGGCAUGGAUGAAAACCUUGAAUUUCAUAUCAAGGUUUCCUACUUUGAAAUCUACAUGGACAAAAUCCGUGAUCUCCUGGAUGUGACAAAAACCAACUUGUCUGUCCAUGAGGACAAGAACAGAGUGCCAUAUGUGAAGGGAUGCACUGAGCGCUUUGUCUCCAGCCCUGAUGAAGUUAUGGACGUGAUCGAUGAGGGCAAAGCGAACCGCCAUGUUGCUGUGACCAACAUGAAUGAACACAGCUCUCGCAGCCACAGCAUCUUCCUGAUCAACAUCAAACAGGAGCAUGUGGAAACUGAGCAGAAGCUGUGUGGAAAACUCUACCUGGUAGAUCUGGCUGGUAGUGAGAAGGUCAGUAAGACUGGAGCGGCUGGCGCCGUCCUGGAUGAGGCUAAAAACAUCAACAAGUCUCUUUCUGCUCUUGGAAAUGUCAUCUCUGCCUUGGCUGAGGGAACGAAAACUCACGUUCCGUACCGAGACAGCAAAAUGACCCGCAUCCUGCAGGAUUCCCUCGGGGGAAACUGUCGGACCACCAUGUUCAUCUGCUGCUCUCCUUCCAGCUACAACGAUGCAGAAACUAAAUCAACUCUGAUGUUUGGACAACGUGCCAAGACCAUCAGGAACACCGCCUCCAUCAACUUGGAGCUGACGGCCGAGCAGUGGAAGAGGAAGUUUGAGAAGGAGAAGGAGAAGAACAAGACCCUGAAGGACACCAUCCAGAGGCUUGAGGGCGAGCUCAACCGCUGGAGAAAUGGGGAGAACGUGCCGGAGACGGAGCGAACCACAUCCGACGUGGUGACCCGUAUCGAGACAGUGGAAGAACGCCCCAUUUUGGACAACGACACCUCCUCCAUCGUGGUCCGCAUUUCUGAGGAGGAGCGACAGAAGUAUGAGGAGGAGAUCCGCAAGCUGUACAAGCAGCUAGAUGACAAGGAUGAUGAGAUCAACCUCCAAUGCCAGCUGGUGGAGGAACUGAAGCAGCAGAUGUUUGAUCAGGACGAGCUCCUGGCCUCUUCCAGGGGUGAUGGGGACAAGGUCCAGGCUGAGCUCGGCAGACUCCAGGUGGAGAGUGACUGCGCCAAGGCGGAGGUGAAGGAGGUCCUUCAGGCUCUGGAGGAGCUGGCAGUCAACUACGAUCAGAAGAGCCUGGAGGUGGAGGAGAAGGGCCUGCAGAACCAGCAGCUGGCUGACCAGCUGGCCCAGAAAAUGUCGAGCCUGAUGGAGCUGGAGGCAGAGCUUUCUCGCAUGCAGGAAGUCAGCGGUCAGCAGAGGAAACGCAUCGCUGAUGUCCUUAAUGGACUCAUGAGGGAUCUCAGCGAGUUCAGCACUAUUGUGGGCAACGGGGAAAUAAAGCUGCCGGUGGAGAUCAGUGGUGCAAUCGAGGAAGAGUUCACUGUAGCCCGUCUCUACAUCAGCAAGAUCAAAUCGGAGGUGAAGAGCAUGGUGAAGCGAUGCCGCCAGCUGGAGAAUAUGCAGCUGGAGUGCCACCGCAAGAUGGAGGAGACCGGGAGGGAGCUCUCCUCCUGCCAGCUCCUCAUUUCUCAGCAUGAAGCGAAGAUUCGCUCUCUGACGGAGUACAUGCAGAGCGUGGAGCAGAAGAAGAGGCAGCUGGAGGAGAGCCACGACUCUCUGAGCGAAGAGCUGGCCAAGCUGCAAGACCAGGAUAAUUCCCUGGCUGAGGAGAAUGAUGGAGAGAAGGGCAUGAAUGAAGAUGGAAAUGCAAAGAAAGCUCUUCGUCAGCAGGGAGACUCUCAUCGCGGCCUCCAUCACAAGCAGCUUGCCCGCCUGAGGGAUGAGAUCAAUGAGAAGCAGAGGAUCAUUGAUGAACUCACUGAUCGUAACUCCAAGCUGGAGCUGGAGCUGGCUCAGGUGCGCGCUGACUUUGAACGCCUGAAGAGUCAGGACAGCAGCAAGAGUGAGCGCUUGGAGGAGCUCUCAUUCCUGCAUGAGCGCCAUGAGCAGACCAAACAGGACUUGAAGGGUCUGGAGGAGACUGUCGCCCGCGAACUCCAGACCCUCCACAACCUGCGCAAGCUGUUCGUUCAAGACCUCACGUCGCGGGUUAAAAAAAGUUCCGAAAUGGAACCUGAUGAUAGCGGGGGGUCUUGCACCCAGAAGCAGAAGAUUUCCUUUCUUGAGAAUAACUUGGACCAACUUACAAAGGUUCACAAACAGCUGGUUCGUGACAAUGCAGAUCUGCGUUGUGAGCUUCCAAAGCUGGAGAAACGUCUUCGGUCUACUGCUGAGAGAGUUAAGGCCCUGGAGACUGCACUGAGGGAUGCCAAAGAGGGCGCCAUGAUGGACCGUCGCCGUUACCAGCAGGAAGUUGACCGCAUCAAAGAAGCCAUGAGGACAAAGAAUGCUUCAAGGCGCAGCCAUGCAGCACAAAUUGCAAAACCAGUGAGACCAAAGCAGCUGCCUGUUUGCUCUCCUACAAACCCCUUCUACACCUACAUCCGUGCCACUGAACAAGGCAACGCCUACAGCAACGCGCUCUUCCAGAGCAACAUGGCACAACAGAGCUCCGCCAGCGUCAACUGCAACCCCAACUCAAUCCAGAGUAACACCAGCGUUUCCACAGCGCUUGGCUACAGAGCAGGAAGAUAUAACGGGGAUGUGCUGGAGUCCUACCCACUCAACAUUGACAACGGCAACAGCAAAACUAUCAGCGACACCAGAGACAUUAAUGACAACAGGAGCGAGGUUCACUGUGGCAGUGAGGUGGAUGAUUCAAACAGGCAUUACGUCAUUCAGCAGGAGACUGCUGCAAGUUAAUCCGAUG